AGAAGCUGCUCCUCGCGUGAAGGAUCUUUCGGUGCAUCUCUCGUGCCGCGCAGCUUCCUACCGCUUCUCUACCUUUCUGCGUUUAUAUUUUGCUCUGCAUGUAUACAGCCACCACCUGCUUCAUUGGGUUUGGUGUUCUCUUCCGUUUCUCGUCAAAUUCUCUGUGCGGUUCCGCUGCAGCCGACAACGCUGUCUUUCUCUCUCCCUCUCUCUUCCCCUCUCUGUCUUCGUUCGAUUGAAAAACAAACAACAAGAAGACACCUUCAUUCUGUGCGUUACCGCAGUUUUCACAUUUUUCUUUUCUUUUUGACUGCUCUCCACCCUUUUUCUUCGCCUGCGACGUGUGUAGAUCCGUAUUUCCCUUUCUUCCUUGCACCCGUCGCUUUGCACGUCCGUCUCCCUUGUUUCUCUCUCUCUCUCUCUCUCUCUAUAUAUAUAUAUAUAUUUCUCCGCACCCGGCAGCCUCUCUCUGCCCCUGCUGCUUCAAAACUCGUUGGCCAAGACUCGACGUGCCACCUUCGGUCGUCUGCUUUAUCGUCUUUCGACAUUUCGUCCAUCCAGUCCAAUUAACGUCUCCGACACAUCAUCUACCACCCACACUCACACACUCUCACACGUGUACGCAAAAGAGAAGAGAUGGAUCAGCUGAGCUCCUUGUACGUCCGCAUGGCGAGCGGCGCCCACAGCCAGCUGCACAACCCAGCCUCGGUGAUGGGCUUUGUAGAUCAGAUGCAGUCACGCGUAGAGAAGAGCUCCGCCCCGCGCAAGAGCUUCCUCAUCGACCCCGCCACACCGCACAGCGACGUCGUGAUUGCGGAGUCCUCGGCGCUGAAGCAGAGCGUGGGGUGGGUCACCCUGCAAGUCACGGAGGGCAUCCGCCGUGGCAUCCACGAAUGGGGAAUCAAAGUCGAGCACCAGGGCGAGAGCAACGAUGAGAGCGGGUUGAUGCUCGGCAUCUUGCCGAAGAGCUUCUCCAAGUACGACACCUUCAUCUCACAAGGUGGGGGCUGGUGCUUGAGUCGCGCUGGUAAAUUUUACGGCCACUGGCGCCGCACGGACACGGGCGGCGGGGCGCUGACGUUUGGCACCGGUGACCGCGUGGUGCUGACCCUCGACUACGAGGCGGCCGUGAUGACGGUGCGCGUGGGCGAGAAGGUCGUGGUGGGUGAGUUGAGCGGGCUGACGAUGGAGGUGUUCCCCGCGGUGUCGCUGCACUACCGGCACCAACACGUGCGCUUUGACCACCACGCCAUUCGUGAGGCCUCGUCGCAGCACCUGCCGUGGCGGCAGCGGCAGACCUUCCCCCUCGCCCCGGCCUACAUGCCGCUGAGCUUUCCGGAUGUACAGAAUCUCCCGUUGAACUCCUACCUCUUCAGCAGCCUCUUUCAAAACUGCCUCUCCCUCGAGGGCAGCAGCGCCAUCACGAUGGAGGAGGACCGCAACGCGACCAACACAGUGCCGGGCGCCGCGUCGGCAGCGUCCCUGCACGAGCUGUUGGAGAAGGAGCGUGCGGAGCACGCGGCCAUGACGACGGCACCGGCAGAGGCCACCGCCGCCAUCACCAGGGAAAAGGAGCAGCGGGCCAUGCGGCUCUAUCUGUCCGCUGAGGCCUCCGCGGCGCGUCUCACGGUGCUCUCCCGCGCGUUUGCGGCCGUCCGUCGCUACGUGGCGGUGCAGCCCGGCACGUCCUCCUUUCUCUCCCCGCACGUCACGGCGGAGUACCUGCGUAAGCGGUUGUACGAGGCGGCGCGGGAGAGCGCGCUGCGUGCCGGCAGCCAGAGCGGUGCCCUCUGUGUCUCUGCCGCGAACAGCGUGUCCGCCUUCUCCAUGGGCGGCAACCCAGCCAGCCCGAGCAGCAGCAGCAGCAGCGGCGGCGUUACCGGAGGCGGGGGCUACGAUGCCGCCCUCAACUGCGGCGCCGUCAUCGUCGUACACCUCUUUGUGCAGGCGGUCUCGAGUGGGCAGGGGGUCGCCGCCCCCCUCGUCGUGAGUUUCCGUGACUUCAUACUGUCGCUGCCGAUCUUUUCUCUUGUAGAAGGCGGGGCGGGCGGCUCGGUGCUGGCGCCCGAUACGGUGCAGCUCGCCGUCGACCACAUCGUGCGCCUGCUUGACGCCUCCACGGACUUGUCGGACAGUGCCGCCGCCGCCGCUCGCCCUGCCACGACAACGGCGACUGCCUCGUCCAAACAGCCCAAGACGCGGCAAGACGGGCAAGGCGACGCCCCGGUGUCGACAUGCACCGCCGCGCUGCUGGAGGUGGCGAUGCUGCUCGCCCUCCAGCGCGGCCUCGUAAGCGAGGUGCUGCGUGUGUGUCGCUACCUCCUACGGGUGCCGGCCGGUACGCUGUCCCCUGCGCUGGUCGCAUGGCUGCGGCGGCACACAACCGAGCUCGCGCCCCGCCAGCCGCUGCCCGAUGUCGGUCACGCGCUGAAGCGCGCCUGCGAAGAUCCGGCGAGCUUCACGCCGACCCAGAUUGACCCCUCCACGGUGGUGCUGGCCGUCGCCUACGGUGCUGGAUGUGCCACUCUGUACCUGCACACCGCUGACGGUCUCAGCAAGUGGGGACCAUCCGCCGCCACUCCCUACGUGCUGCUGGUCGACACACGACUGCCCGCGCCCUACUGCACUGGUGCGUCGCGGUCUAGCAUGGCCGUCACGCACACGCACGUGCUGCUGCUGACGGACCGCAUGGCCAGUGAGGAGGUCGCACUCGUGCUCUACUCGCUGCAACUGGACCAGCACCAGGUGCUGCGGUGGGCGGACAUGCACAGCAGCUGGCCGCGCUCGCCACGUGCGAGCCCGCAGUUGGCGACCAUGUCGGGCGACGGCGUGCUGCUCCUCUUCGAGCGGAGUGCACCGGCGCCGGCGUCGGUGCGGACGGCGAACGGCGCGGCGGCCGUCGCGGGCACGCCGGCGAGUGCGGUGGCAAGCGGCAGAGGCGGCCGCCGGCUCGUUGACUCCACCCCACUGGCCGUACCGUCGCCCCCCUACGGCGCACCCGCUGCUGCGCCGCCGCUCCUCUCGGUGGAGUGGGAGGUGGUGGUGCUCGGCUACAGCGCGGCAACGGCGGCCGCGCUCAGCGGCCCGCCGCUUUGGACGCGCACGUUGCAGCCGCCACCGCCCAUCAGCGCAUCGGGGGUGCGCCUGGACCGCUGCCUGCUACUGCGCAAGCCGAGUCUGGUGGACCUCGGCAGCCCCGAGGAGCAUCUAACCGUCGUGGGUGGACACGUAACGGUGGAGCUGUGGGUGCAGUUUCUGGAUAAAGAAGACGCGGCGACGCUCUACCAGCACGGCGACCGCAGCACCAACGGCGAGGUGUUUCUGGAGCUGAUCCGGUGGGAGGGCUCGCACUGCAUCCGCGGCGGCUAUCGACACGACGUGCGCGGGUCUUGCCUCGUCUCCGCCCCUCUCCCGCCCACCGCGGAGAGUCGGCCGCUGCAUGUUGGGCUCGUCUUCAACGGCCGCUGGCGGUUGUUCUUCGACGGGGAGGAGGUGGCGGGCAAUCGCCAAGGCUCGCACGUCGCCCUCGACGCACCGAAGCAGCGGUGGACGGUCGGUGCCGGCUGCACGUGUCUGCUGACCGGACUGCGCGUGUGGCGCCUCGGCCGCACCGCGCGCGAGCUCAGCCGCGACUUUCGCCGCUCCCUCGCCGGCGAUGAACCGGGUUUGGUGGCGCAGUUUUUCUUCAACGAGCGGGGCGGCAACGUGGCGCUGAACUACGUGCAUCAGGUCAAGGCAUCGCACGCAGUGUGCAGUGGCGGCUUCGCGCACGUGCCGUGCGCCACACACCCGUGGCGCCACUACGGAACGUCGUCUGUUGCUGCCGUGGCGUCCGCAAGCAUCGAGUCCGCCGCCAACCCCGGCACUGCUGCGGCGUCUCUCGCGUGCGACAGCACUCCCGCCUGCGGCCGCCUGCAUGAGUGGCGAGACCUCACUCUUACCACCUGCUGCGUCGUACGACACGUGCUGCUGCUCAGCACACCGGUCGGCGACAGCAGCCCCUACCCGUCGAAGGAGGGCGGCCGUGCCUUGAUGUUCUUCGACCUCGCCUCUGGUGUGGCGCACCGCUCCCUGUUCUUCCUGACAAGCCGAAGCCCUGUUCGGCAUUGGAUGCGCGCAGACCCGGCAGGGCGCCUGUGGGAGCUCUUCGAGGUCGACGCCAGCCUCGUGAAGGGUGAGCAGGAGGCCUCCUAUUUGGUGUCGCUGCUGAACGCGACCGGGUCGUCCCCGCAGCGGCCGCGCGAGCGCAUUCUGGCGGUGGUGCCGCUGCCACUGGAAGAGGAGGAAGACGCAGAGCGGCUGUGCACAUUUGUGGAGGACGACAGCGCCUUCGUCGAGGUCGAGCACGCUGAUGCAGUGAUGGCGGCGGCGUCGCCUUCGCUUGACCGGAGAACGAGCAGCAACAGCAGCAGUAGCACCGCAGCAACAGCAGCGACAGGAGCCGCGCAGUGCGGACCGGUCGUUGCGAGCACGCCCGCGGAGCCAGACCAGUUUCAUUCGCAGCUGUCGUCCUUCGCUGCCCUCGUCGCGCAGCCCGGCGCGACCGUUUCCUACUCGACGGUAGCGCUGUGGCUGUUGAAGCUGCUGGCGGCACACGCCGAUGCCGACCCGGACGCCGAUCAGGCCCUCUUCACCCCUCUCGCCGAUGACGUCAGCAGUCGAUGUGUGACGGAGGUCCGUGUCAUACUGUGCGAACACGUUCGCGUCGUGCGGGCCAACAACGCACGCCGUGCAGUGGCACUGCGGAGUUCGCUGUCGUGGGUGGUGGUCGCGGUGGCGCUGCGGGUGCUGCUGCGGCUUAUUCGCCGUGCCCGUGCCUUCGGCCUGCACCCCGGUCCGCUGAAGCUGACAGUGGUGAAGAAAAACGGCGAAGGCGAGGAGCUCGUAAAUGGGGAAAAAGGUCUGCCGCGACUCGCUCAGGGGGAGGAGGCGGCGGCCGCGUCAGAGGCGACGAUGUCGCUGCUGCUGCGUGAGCUGCAUACCUCGUCCUUGCGGCGCAGGACUGCGCCGUCGCCGGCGCACGACGGACCUGACAAUGCCGAUUCAUCGACGCUGCUCGGUUUGCUGGCGGACGUGAUCAACGAGGAUGGCCUGACGCUGCCGACAGUCGUCGUGACCCUCGCGCGCACCGUGACGGUGGAGGGCGUAGGGCUCUUCCUGCCCGACGUGCGGCAGCGCGCGAAGCUGCUACGGGAUAUGCUCCGGGCCUCCUCGCCGUUGUGCGCGUCGCCGUUGGCGUCCGCCGCCUCUCUUAGAUCGCAGCGCCGCAACAGCGACGCAGGAGACAAGAAUACUGGCGGCGGUGAUGGUGGUGCGAGUAGCAGUAGUCGUCCCAGUAAGACAGUGGACGAAGCAGCAGAGGAGCGCGUGCCGGCCAUGAACGUGCUGUUGGACGCCGUGGCGCAGAGCUUCACGACGGUGCUGGCGGCAGCCCCCUUGCUGUGCGUCGAGGACGGCGUCGCGUCCCUCUCCGACGUGUGUGACACGUUGCGCACCCUCUUGCAGGAGUCCGCCGUGCAGUGGCGGCGCAAAUGGAGUGUCGCCUCUACCCCCUCGCCGUUGGUGAGCAGCACCACGACAUCGAACACGGAGUUCACGGCAACCGCAGCCUUGCACGUCGCCGCCGCUGUGGUUGUCGCACGCCCCUCCAACUCGUUCCACUCCUUCGCCUUCUCCCUUUCCGAGGCCAUCGCGUCCCUGCAGCUGCUGCUGCUGAGUGCGUGCCAAGGCAACCGUUGGGAGGUGGCCCUCACAGAGAUGCACGCCAGCGCGGGGGGUGCCACGAGUGGUGGGGGUGGCGGCGGUGGGGGCAACAACGGUGGUCGUGCCGUGGGUGCCGGUGCAGCCAACAGCAGUGCCGGUGAUAACAACAGCAACGGUGGUGGAAACAAUGGCGGGUGGAGUACACAGAGCUACAUGGGCGGCCUGGCUGGCGCCCGCGACGCUAUUUCAGCUGCCGCGCUGGACUUGCAGCACCUCUGCUUCUCCCAGGCCGCCUCGCACCACCCCUGCGUUCGCCUUCACUACAGCGCCCUCUUCACCAGCGCGGCGUCGUGUCUCGCCUUGUGCGUGGAGGCGCAACAACAGGAAGAGGAAGAGCAGCAGCAGCAAAGCGAUGCCGUUGCAGCGAAGCGUGCUUCGUUGCUGCCGGCGAUGGUGGCGAGUCUGGCUCCCACCUUCCUCACCGCCCCGCUGCACACCGCCCUCAGUGCCAUUCCGCUCGUGCUGACCGUGGAGGACGGGGAGUGGUUUCAGGCCGAGCUCGGUCAGCUUUUGCGUCUCUCGGAGAAGCUGCUGGGCACCCUCUCCGCGUCGAUGACAAGCGACAACAGCGGUGGUGUCAAUGUGGCGGUGCCGAGGGAGUUCAGCAACGACGGUGGGGCCUCCGUGGCGGCCGCACGCCGUCUCCUGUCGUCGCUGCGCGAGUCUCUCUACUACGCCUCGGUGUGGGUGGCGGCCUUUCUCUUCAACUGCUCCACCGUUUCCUCGUCCAGCGUGAAGGAAGAACAGGUGCGGCAGCGGCUGGGCCUCGCCUCUGUCACCGCGACCCCCACCGCGCAGCGCACUGUGACGAACCUCACGGCCAUCCUCGACUGCGCGCCGGCGGAGCCGUCCAUGGCGCCGUCAUCGUCGACAUUACGGCGGACGGCUGCGGCGGAAGCGGAGGCCGCCGCGGUGUGGGAGCAGCCAUUGCUGGAAGGCGGCAUCUGGCCGCAGGACGCCGGCGCAGACGCCGAGCAAAAUCCCACGAGCGACGCCGGCCGACGUCGCGGUGCGUACAUGGCGCACCUCGUUCACAACACCGCCUACUGGUCCGCCAAGCAGGCCGCUUUUGACCACCUCGGCUCGAAGGCGUCGAGUGCGAUGGCGCCCCUCAUCACGCUGAUGGCGGCUGCCGCCCUGCAUCUCAGCUCCCUCCCCCUUCCGUCACUUACGGCAGCACAGGUGGAGAAGCUGAUGUGCGGUGUGAUGCGUCAGCUUUCACGGCCGGUGCGGACAGAGCUACUAAGUCGCCGCGAAGGGGAGGGCGACCACGUUGGCGACACCAACGGCGGCGGCGAGGCAACGCUAACGACCCCGCUGAGUGCGCUUUCCCCUGUCAGCCGACAACGGGCGUUGGACGCGAUGCUGAAGGAGUUGCAGCAGCGGUGUGAGCUGUUGCUGCGGGUGCGCACCUGUUCCGAGGUGUGGGAUGUUGAAGAUGCGUUGUUUAUGCAGCCGACGUGCGAUGCGGAGACCGCUUCAGAGGCAUCGCUGCACGUUGAGCGAGGAAGUGCACCACCGCAGCAGCAACAGCGGCGUACUUGUGCAAAAAGAAAACUCCAGGAGGCGUGGCACGCCUAUGAGCUUCGAAGGAUGCGCUAUCGUGCCCACGUCGCCUCUCGACCGAGCUGCACGCUGCACGAGGCAGUCCAGCUCGUCAAGCACGUCAUCCUCUCGCGCGCCACGACCGCAGCAUCGCUGCGGGCGGCACUGCGGCAGCGAGAGAGCUUAGCCGCCCUGCGUGAAGCUGGCAUUGACCGUUUAGUGCAGCUGGUGAUGCGAGCUCCGUGCAGUGCGGAGAGCGUUGCGCAGCUGCUGAGCGCGCAGGGUCGAGGUGCGGAAAGCCAUUUUGAGGAUGGCCUGCGAGGCGGCGGCCACGGCUACGUGGCGCGCAUUCGCAGUGCGUUGUACGAGCUGCUGUCCUAUGCAGCAGCACCGGCGCCGGAUCAGCGCAGCAACCGUGCGGGGGUGUCCCUCUCCCUUGUCAGCUCUGCGACGGUCCUGUGCGGGCUGCUCGACCGCGCAUGGCAGCCACGCGAUUUUGCCUUCUUUGUGCAGCUGCGUGUGGUGCCGGCGCUAGUGGAGUGUUACCUUACGCUUUUCAAGUCGCGCGCGGAGCCCGCCCGCGUUGUCGGCACCUCGAAUGCGCGCUGCGGUGGCGGAGAGAGGAGUGGCGAACGACGAUCGUCACACGUUGGCGGCAGCACUACGCCAGCCAGUCCGCGACGGCACUCCGCCACCGGCGCCGUCCCCCGUGCGCGCUCCGUGGAACUGCGCCCGAUCGCACUGACGGAGCGGCGGCACCGGGAUGAGGUGGUCACCGCCCAGCAGGCCCGUCGGUCCAGCAAGAGCACGUUAGUGUCCGCUGCCGUCCUGCGUGGGCAGAGCGUCGCUGGCGAGGGCGGCGUUGCCGGAAACGGCGGUGGUGCAGAUGGGCCGCUACAGUAUACCGCCAACGAAGCCAUGCAAGCGAAGGUAUGGCUGACAGUAAAGAACUUAAUGCUGCAAUCAACGGCGAUGCUGACCGCAACGCAGCUGUCGUCCAUGUCGCGGGUGGAGCAGACGGCGGUGAUGGCCUUUCUUGCGGACGCGCUGCGUGCGGUCGGAGCCGAAUUGCAACACUGCCGCGACGUGCUCGCGCGGGCGGUGAUCGACACACCGGUGCUGCUGGCGCAGGCGGGCGAUGCGGCCGUGCUGGAGCCGCUCGUGACGGUGCAAGAUCAGGUGGACCUGCUGUGCAGCCUGCUCAGCGUCGUGGCCGGCACGCUCAGCUCCCCCACAGCCGCCUUCAAGGAACAACCGUCCAUGACCAACGCGGGGGAAAGGAAGGAUGACGCUGCGGACGGUGCAAUGUUUCUGAAUGGAGCACUCGGCACUGUGUGCGCCGGCGUUGCCGAGACGUUGCUGGAGCUUGUCGCGCUCGACGUCCACCAUGCACGCGUCGUGCGGAACGAAGCCGGGGUUGGCUGCGUCGUGCGGGAUGCGGCGGCCUGUGCGCGUAUUGCGGGUUUGCUGCUCUGCCGCUGCCAGCCCGUCGCCAUCCGUUGUUUUGCAUCAACGACAACAGAGUCGUCGUUCGUCCCUGCCUCUCCGUUCUCCGCGUGGAAUGCAAUAUACGCAUCGCCGGUGUUCACCGCCGUCCCGCGUGCUGCGUCGUCCGGCGACAAGGGCGGACACACCUGCAUCCAGCGGUGGCUCGACCUCUGCACGUACGCGGUGGCCACGACGGGGCUGAGUCGUACCGCGCAACACGUCCUACUGACCCUGCGACGGCUGCUGCACCAACCAGCCUGGGCCGCCGAGCUGCGCGGCUUUGCGGCUGCCUACAAGUGUCUUGUUCUCACGUACGUCAAGCUGAUACAGGUGGGGGACGGUGAGGAGGAGGAGAAGGGGCAGAGCAGCGGGGGCUCUACCCGUGUACGCGAGCUGUCUGCGGUGCAGCUCUAUGUGUGGGUGGUCGUGCUGGGUGGACAGCUGCUGGCGCCGCCGGUCGACCUGGGGAUGGUGGUGUCCUACCUAGACGAAAAGGACGGCUUUCAGCCCACAUUGGCCUACGUGGUGGACGUGGAGUCCGUGAGUGUGUCGACGACCUCCACGACGAAUGCGCUGACGGCGGCAGCACCGCAAGCAGCAGCGUCGACCAGCCGACACGUGCGCGGCGCGAGUCACCUUCCAUCGAAGUUAGCGGCCGCGAUGGCGGGGGAUGGGGAGCGGGUGCGCAGCGUCGUGGCGGUCCCUAUCGACCCGUCCAGCGGCUGCAGCCGCGAGGCGGAGGAGGUGUCGCUGUCACCGCACCAACUUUUUCUCCCCGCGUGGGAGGCGCCGGUGGUUGUGGCGGUGGUGCCGCCAUAUGCGAAUCUGGUAGAGGACUUUCUGAUGCCCGCGCUGCAGCACAGCGUCCCGCUGCUGUUCGAGAAGCUGCACGGCGCCGCCUCCUUCAGUUCGAUGGAGCUGCUCGUGUUUACGAGUCUGCUGCAGCUGACUGCUGGUGUGAUGCGGGCCCGGCCAGAUCUCGCGCGGCGUCUGAUCGAGCAUGGUGCCUUGCCGUCUAUCCGGCAGCACGCACUGCAGGGGGUGGUGCGGCUGCCUUUUCCGUUGAAGGUGCUGAAGGAGUGGGCGGCGCUGGUGGCGGUGCGGUCCGCGGAGGAGGUCGCGGAGCGCAUCUACACCCCUGAGGAGGAGGGCAGGCGAGGCGGCGCAGAGCAGGCGGGAGACGCGGGAGACGCGGGAGACGCGGAGGUGCGAGAGAGAGGAGAAGGCAGACGGCAAGGCAGGACGGCGCGGAGCAACACGACGCCGGUGAGUGGCUCUCCUCUCCCAGCAAGCCGGUCCGCAACGCCCACGGCCGCGGCGACGACGACACCCGCCACGUUGCGCACGCCAGCAGGCUUUGCCAACGAAAACAGCGGUAGCAUCAGUAACUCCCCUCUGACAGUUGGUGGUGGUGGUGCUUCAGCCGGCCGCCCGGUGUACACGUCGCUGUCGGCCCCGUUGGCGCCUUUACCCGGCUCGGGCGAGGCCCUGCUAGACACCUUCCGCAGCGGCGGCCUCUCCGCCUCCUCCACCGCUGUUUUUUUGCCGGGAGGCGGGGGCGGGGGGUACGUGGUGGGCAACAGCGCGUCGGCGACGGCGUCCUCUGCGGGCGCGCACCUCACUGCCCCGAGCGCCCUGACGCGGGACAUCGCCAGCGACUACGGGCUGCUGCGGCUUGCGAGAAGCUUUGGCGUGUUUGCCGGCGCGUACGGCGGUGUCCCCUCCUCUUCUUCGAUGAGCGCGGCGCUGGGCAACGCGCGCAGCUCCCCUGGCGCGUUGCUCGCCAGCGCUACGCCAACACCGACGAUGAACACCGGUGGGAACCCGAGCAGUCUGACCGACGGCAGCGGCACGCCGGCGCCGGCGCGUAUUCCACCCCGCACGGAGUUGGGUACGAACGGUGGGGCACCGAUGUUUUUGUCGUUUCCCAUGUGGGACGCACACCCACUGAGCAGCGCCGCCCCUUCCUCGCACACGCCGGCCGCCGUCACCAUUACCCCGUCGCGGCCCGAGGUGCGCUUCCCGGUGUGGGACGACGGCUUCGCGAUUGAAACGGCGGUGCUGUUGAACGACGGCGACGUGUAUCCGGCGAUAGGGGACUCGCUGAGUAUCCCAUGCUCGUGGGCCCGGGUGAGCGCUUCGGACUACGAGGAGGACAGCGUGCCGCCUGCCUCGCCCUCGCCGUUUGAGUUCCCGCUUGUCACCCUCUACGCCGCGGUGGAGCCGACAGUGGCGACCGGGAAGCUGCUGCCCUUUAUUCAGAUCAAGGUGCAUCGCGGCUGCCUGAGUGCUACCAUCACGUUUCCACGCACCAACGCCGGCGAUCACGGGGGGCCGGAGACGGUGUUUGUGACCAAGGCGAUGCGCCGCGAGGACUGGCACCACUGCAUGCACGUCUCCCUCAUGUGUAACGCGUCGUGUGUGACGUUGUGCCGCAACGGCGAGGCCGCCAACGUCGAACUCCGCGGUGACGUCGGCCGGCGGCUGGAGACGCUGCUGCGGCAGGACGGUUUUAUUCGAGCCGUGGUGCUCGGCCGCCACGCUGCCGCCGUUGUGGGGGCGGAUGCGCCGGUUUCUCUCCACGACAUCCGCGACAGCAGCAGCGGGGGAUGUGCGACGCCGGUGCGCGAGCUGGACGGCCCCAUGGCACUGCUGGGCGGGCUGCGCAUCUGGGGCACCUCGGUGCUGCGUACGUCGGUGCGGGUGGUGGCCGAGCUCGUGGCGCGGGAUCACGCCUUGCAGCCCUUCGGCCUGCCCGAGCACCUGUGCUUCUUUGAGAUGAAGGAGGGCAGCGGCGGGGUUGUGCACUCCGCGGACACGUCCCAACAGUACCGCGGCAUGCUCUCGGGUGGGGUUCGAUGGUCUAUCGAGCCACUGCCGCUCGGGUUUUACCCCUCCAUCGAGCUCAACUCCGGCCGUGCCCGCAGUGGGGUGUCGACGCCACCGGUCAGCAGCACCAGCCUGCCCCGCUCGACGAUGUCCGCGUUGAUUCAAUCCCUCUCGCCACUUUUCUUUUCACGGUUUGCGGGGGACGUGAUGUGGUCGCUGUUGUCCAUGACGGCGCGACACGCAACGGUCACCGCCUUGGAGGUGGGCAUGAGUCCCGCGUACGAGCUGCGGUGUCUUUCUGACAAAAGUGCUGCGCGUCGCCUCGCGCGGCCGCGUUGCUUCGACCCCCGGCAGGUGCUGGACCCGAACCAGAAACUGCCCUACCAGCUCUACCGGCUCUUCCAGUUGCAGGACAGCGGAUGUCUGCCGAACAAGUACGAGCGACUCAUUCACGGGGUGGUGCAGCGGCUGGUGACGGUGUUGGCUGCUGAAGAAGGAGGGGACGGAGGCAACGACAAGGCGAACGAGGACACACCGUCUACGCAGCGGGCGGCGAAAACGGAGGCAACGCGCAGCGCUCCACUCAUAAACCCGCACGGUGCGAAACCAUCCGCAAACCCCACCGCGGCAGCAACACCAGCUGUCAUUGGCACGUCUUCCCUCACCACCUUUGUCGGCGACACAGCGCUGCUGUUGCGUCAGCUACGACGCGAUGAUGGGGAGAUGUUUGUGAUGGAGCUGCCGCCGGCGAGGGGGCCGUCCGCCGCUACCGUCCCCGCCACCGCCGCUUCCUCGGCUGCCCUCAACGCGGCGCAAGGGGCCGCGAUUCUGCCCAUUUCCCUCACCAACGGUGGCACAGGCGUCCUGUCGUUCGACACCAAGUACCGCAACAUGGAGCAGGCGAUGCUGUACAAGGAUGAGGAACUGAAGAACAUCCUGGCGAAGUACCCCGAUGGUCAGGGUGGGUGGCCGGCCUACACGCUGACGGCGUCGGCGGCGCCGUGGGCCUACCUGCGCAGCGUCUCCUCCUCCGCCGCUGGGCAUCGACUGACGAUGAACGGGAAGACGAGUGAAGCGCUGACCUCGUCGAUUCUGACGGUGACGGUGAAGUCGCUGAAGCCGGUAAUUCUGCACGCUGCGGUGCGGGCCCUGUGCGACGCGCUACGCGGCCUGCCGACACGUCAGCGCCGUGAUGAACGCCGCCGUGGCAGCAACACAGAGAGGGGGUCCCUUUUACCGGUGGUGGCGGCCGGUCUGCUGGACGCGCGCGUUGUGGCCUCGCUCAUCCAGCAGAGCAGCGCGCGCUCGAGCGACGACGACUGCGCCCACUUUGUGCGCAUCCUGACGGAUCUCCUGCAGCUGUGGCGGUGUGUGCCGCGGGUCUCCCCUCAUGAUCAGCUUCCCCUGGCGAUGGCCAUGUCGCACCUCAACUUGCCGCUCUGCAGCAUCGUGCAGCGUCAGAGCAGCGACGCCGAUCUCGGCUCCCUCCUCUCGACCACCACCGGGACAUAUAGCCCGUACGUGCAGGCGCUCGUGGGGCUGUGGGCGACGGCCAUACAGGUGGAUUGUGAGUGGGCGGGCCGCACGUACGCGGAGCAGCUGCGCGCGCGUUGGCGGCGCCUUCUGCGGACGUGGCGGCGGUCGGCGGUGCAUCGACCCGCCGCAUCUCGACUCCCACCUCGCAAAACGUCAUCCAAUGCGCCGAGCCAGCCAACCACGGGGCGUGUCACGGGGCUGACGGCAACUGAGACUUCGCGAGGGCGGCAGGGACCGCAGCUCUACACGCCUCCCUCGUCACCCAACAUGCGUGCCCAAGUCCGUACCGCCGCCGCCCUCAGCACGGAUGCACCCUUCGCACCGGAGAGUGAGCCGGGGAAGGCGCGACAACAACGCGGCGAGGAAGUCGCAGGCGAAAUGCGCGACAGUGCACCGCCCGCUGUGGAGCUGGUGGCGAUGGAGCCGCCGGCGGGGUCGCCCGGCUCGCCGUCCUCUCCGACGAACAGUGAAGGGGCCCGGCACGAUGUCGCUGUGCGCAGGGACCGCUGCCCGAAGGGUGUAGCCCGGAAAGGAAACGGGCUGUGGGUUGUGAAGGGCGGCAGCGGUAGUAGUGGCAGCACAGCCGAAGGGGCCCAAGACGACCCCGCACGCAAUAGUGGUGGUGGUGGUGGUGUGUCUGGCAGGAGCGGCGGCGCCACCACCGUGCGCAGCAGCGUGGGCUUCACGAGCGGUGCGGUGUACUGGGAGGUUUACGUGACGAACAUCAGCCGUUCGGAGCACCCGCCGUCGCUGACAAACGGCUCCACUCUGGCAUCCAACGUGCUGGUCGGGGUCGCGACGGAGCGCUGCACACCGAUGUUCUCCCUGUCCGGCCCUGAUGGUGCUGGGGUGUUCUUGGGGAACGACUCCGAGUCGUGGGCCUUCGACGGGGGGCGGGCAUUGCGUUACUACAAGGGCUGCUGCCUCGAGUCGGGUCCGCGCACGAAGUGGAAGAUGGACGACGUCAUCGGCUUCGUGCUGGACAUCGCACGGAAUCGGCUGUGCUGCUCGCACAACGGCCGCCUCGUCGCGGAGUUCAACGGCAGCUUCCUCUCGCCGCAGCAGCGCGCGGAGCAGGUGGCGCUUUUCCCAGUCAUCAUUUGCGCUGGCGAGGGCAGCUGCGAGGUGAACUUCGGCGCGACUGGGUUCGCCUCGAGCCCGCCGCCGGGGUGUCUGCCGGUGGACCCGUCGCUCUACGUGAGUGAGGAGGCGGCGCGUGUGUGGCAGCUGGUGCUGGCCGAGGAGCUGCUGACGCCGCGUGGGCCGGGUGCGCUGUCGAGGAUGAAUACGCGGGGGACCACCAACAGCACCGUUGCCGCCGCUGCUGAGGAAGCGGAAGAGGAAGAAAAGACAGCGGAAUCGAACGACCUGAUCGCUUUCGUGGGUAAUGACGGUGCUGAGAGGGGUGUGUCUUCUCGCCGAGCUCGUAUCCUGGCGCACCCUGCCCUCCCACAUCUAUGUCGUCAUGUGGCUGCUUACUCCAAAGGCCGCUUCGGCCCUCUCGAUGUGGUGUUGCUGUGCCCCGACGGCAACGCCAAGACGGUCUCCUCGCGCGAGUGCAAGACGGACAAGGAGUCGAGUUUGCUGCUGGGCAGCGUCGCGGUUACUUCGGGGCGGUGGUACUUUGAGGUCGUCCUGCCGGGGGAGCCGACCUUCCACGUCGGGUGGUACGCGUGGCGGGCACUGGAGGAGCAGGGCGACGGGGGAAACGGGGCGGCAACCACGGCGCUGAACCCCGAUACGCCCGCAACCGCCUUCCUCGCCUCACCCAACGGCCGUGCCCAGCUUGGGCACGACGCCUUCUCGUGGAGCCUCGAUGCAGCUCGCAUGGCCGUACGACACAACAAGCAGCAGCGCACGUUAGCGCGGCGGGCGUGGAAGUGCGGCGACGUCGUGGGCUGUCUGCUGGACUGCGACGCCGGAUCGGUCGCCUUUACGGUGAAUGGAGAAGCCCUGGUCGAGACGCACGGCGGCGCCACCAUCUUCAGCGGGCGAUCACCACCGCACACACCCCCACCGCUGCUUUCCACCUCGCCACAUCAACAAACGGCAUCCGCGCCGACGUCGCCACUGCGAGUGCAGCCGGAACGUCGACCGAGCAACACAAGCGGCGCUGUCGCAGCCACAGAGGCACCGUGUAACACGCCUGCAGCGCUGUUCACGGGCAUCUCAAUGAGCGAAACACGUGGGUUGGUGCCGGCGAUCCUGCUCGAGCCCAAGUCCGCGCUGGGGUGCCUGUGGAACGCAGACGAGUUGCUCUACCCACCACAAGACGGCAGUUACCGUGCGUUGGGGGGCGCGCACGUGGUGCGCAACGCGCUGGUGCAGCUGAUCACACAAACCUCGACGGACGUCAGCGGCAGUGUCACGGCCAACGGAGGCGGUGGCUCAAACAGAGGGGAGGAAAAGUGGCGUGCCCCGCGUGCAGUGCAAACGGCUGCUGCGCCUUCUCGUUGGCUGAACACGGCUGCCCUGCAGGAGUUGUUGUACUACGCCAGCAAAGUGCAGGAGCUGUGCCCGACCAGCCUGCGCAGCUACACCAUGCCAUCGCUGUUCAACGUCCCGCGGAUGGAGUCUCCAGGCGCAGCGGCAGAAGACGACGCCACCAGCACGGAUGGGCCGCAGUCCCCCUCUCGCAAGCUGUCGCAGCAGCAGCAGCAGCAAGACCUCUGCAGCGCGAGCGGCCUUGACGUCCCACAGCUGCACACACAUUUGGCAGCGCUGCUCUUCUUUGCGCACCUCUUCACCUUUCUCUACCCCUUUGCCCACGCCGCGUCGCUGCCCUUCAUGGUGGAGGACACGCCGCUGGGCAGCAACUGGGCCAUGACAAACCUGCAUCGCACACUGAACCAAUGCCGCGCCUUUGCGCCACCGUGGACGGCGCUGCGCGUGCUGCAGUGGUCGCUGGACGCCUCGAACGGCGCCGGCGACGCGGUGCGGCUAAGCGUGAAUCGCCGCAAGGCGCUGACGGUGGUGCGCGACCCGUCUGCGUCAAUCACGCGGCGACUGCGAGACAGUUUAUUUGGUCAAGUGUAUCAGCUGCUCUCAACGAAGGCGGCUGUGCUGUUCACGACGAACAAGAAGAUGUGGACGGUGGCGUUCUACGGCGAAGGCGCCGACGACGUCGGUGGGCCCUACCGCGAGUGCCUUACGCAGAUGUGCACCGAGCUCAUGAGCGGCUCGCUCACCCUCUUCUUGCCCAGCGCGAACAUGGCGAAUGAGUUGGGCGAGGUGCGGGAUGCAUUUGUUGUGAAUCCUGUCUGUGCCCCACCGGUGGAGCUGCUCAUGUACCGCUUUCUUGGGCGGCUGAUGGGCGGCUGCCUGCGCGGCGGAGAGCCGCUUUCCUUGUAUCUGCCAAGCGCGCUGUGGAAGUACCUGGUAGGCGAGGCGGCGGACGACACGGACAUGGCGCGGGUCGACGUGGCGACGCUGCACGCAAUAGAGUACGUGGAACGCAUUGCAGGGACGACUGGUGCGAGCAAAGCGGUCUUGUCGAUGACAGACGAGGAGGUGGCGGAGCGCAACGCGGAGUUGGUGGAGCUCUGCCCCGGCGGGUUCUCUCUCCUGAACGACGCCGGUGUGGAGGAGGAGUUGGUGCCCGGCGGGGAUCAGGUUCCGCUCACGGUGCACAACGCCAGCCUCUACGUCCGACUUGUACGCGAGCAGAAGCUGUACGGCAGCGGCGCGGCGCAGCGUCGGGCGCUGCAGCAGGGAUUUCACGAGGUGGUGCCGUUGUGCAGCGUGGCUGGGCUGAAGUGGUACGAGCUGGAGGAGUUGGUUUGCGGGCAAUGCGACUACGACCCCGACGCGCUGCUCGACACGGCCCGCUUCGACGGCCUGGAGGCGUCGGACGUGCGCAUCGCCUUUUUGCGAGCGGUGCUGCGCGGCUUUACGCGGCACCAACGUGCCCUCUUCAUGCGCUUCGUCAGCGGACGGGAGCGAUUGCCGCCUGGGAUUCGGUUGAAGAUAAUGCCGGACGAUGCCCCGCGUGGGGGCGCCUCCAUCGCACCUCUCACGCCUCGCGUUCCACCCGUCAUCGCCAACGCCACCGCCGCAGCGGGUGUGAUGACGCCGCAGCCACCCCCACCGCAAACCAGCGGUGAGGGAGGUCAUCACGACCACAGCAGCGGUAGGAGUGGCAGUGGAGGCAGCGGCAAUAACACGCGCAACGGCACCUUCGCUCGACACAACGUCCUCCAACAACAGAGCGGGCUCAGCGGUUCCUCGCAGCCACCACCACCACCGCCGCAGCCAUCGUUCUCGCCACCGCAACUCGGCUUUACGCCGCCGCCGCCGCAGUCGAUGCCGCUGCCGCCGGGGCUUGCGCGCGCCAUCCCACCGCCGGUACUGCAGCCCCGACAGCUCUUGUCAGGUCAACGCGGCGCCAAUGCACCUUCGCUGUUGACCUCCUCGCCUCCCGCACGUCCGACACGCCACACAGUGCCUGACGCACAGCAGCUCAGCGGCAACCCCGCUCAGGAUGCUGAUCUCGCCACCUGUGAUGACGCACGGUUGCCGCACGCUUCGACGUGCUUCUACUGGCUGCGUCUGCCUCGGUACAGCUCGGCGGCCGUCAUGGCAGAGAAGCUCCUCUUCGCGAUUGAGCAGUGUGUCGACAUCGACGCCGAUUUUCGUGUGCACGACACGGAUGUGGCGGAGCAGGAAGCCGGGCCCUCGCUGGCGCGGGUCAGCAGCGAUGAGGACGACCUCUUUGAGGACUUCUCUCACCUGCGGUAG